AUGGAAUUUCCUGCCGACUGCGUAUCCUUCAACCAUGAAGUCAACCACAAUCCUAAACCUGAAGACGCAGGAAGAAUCAAUGUCUAUGCGAGUAUCCUACGGUUGGAAAUCUUAGAUCCUACACUAAAUUGCUCGACAGUACUCGUUUUCUCCAUUCCUGCCAAAGAAUAUUUGGAUAACCUGGGGCGUUAUAGGUGGGAUCAACUGAUUUGCUUAGAGAACGAAGAACGUCUCAGUCACAAUUUUGUUGAUUAUGGGAGGUCGCAACUCUCUCGAAAUACCUCUAACGUCAUAUUUUUCUCGGGUAACUAUUCUCCAGAUUGUGCUUUGUCAAUGUACAUUACCUUUAAGACCAAGCCUCCUAUUACGAAUGAAGAGUAUAUGGAGCGUAGACGCAUACGUAAUGAAGAGGAAGAUUCAAUGUAUUAUUUUGGACCGAAUGAAGAAGAGUAUAUGGAGUGUAGACUCAUACCUGAUAUAGAUGAAGAUUCAAUGUUACAUUUUGGAGCGAAUGGAGACGAGUAUAUGGAGAGUAGACGCAUACGUGAUGAAGAGGAAGACUCAAUGUUUUAUUUUGGAGAGGAUAUGCAAAUGCAAGUCUCACCUGAUGAGAGCACCAUCGAUAUCCGGUUUAGACCGGCAAGUAAGUUUGCGGUUGAGUCUUUGUCAAGGAAAGUAUACAAGAACUUGACGUCCAGUUUCGACAUGUGCACAAUUUGUUUGGAUGAUUUUAAAAUGGGAGAACGAGUCGUGACCUUGCCCUGUGGACACGAGUUUGACGAUGGCUGUAUCCUCAAGUGGUUUACCACCAGUCAUGACUGUCCAUUGUGCCGAUUCGAGCUACCAUGUGAAAAGUAG